ACGGCGAGCGCUCGGGAGUUGCGUCGUUUGUCGCCAUGCCGGCGCACUGCGUGGCGAACGGUUGCAAGAAUUACUUUUACGGUAAAGGGAACACCAAGUUUUUUAGAUUUCCGUCGGCCAGGCUUUAUCCCGCGAAGAGAGAGGCUUGGAUAGCUGCCGUGGGGAGAAAGAACACGGACGGCUCACCAUGGCAGCCGAACGAGCACUGCCGGAUCUGCAGCGCGCAUUUUGUCACGGGGCGGCCAUCAACCUUCCAGAACCACCCUGACUUCGUGCCGACUAUCUUCAGCCACACGAAGACUCCGGGAGAAGCCGCGGCUGGAGACCUAGCUCCAGUUGCAUCGAUUGUGGAAUAUAACACCAGCGCAACCUCGACAUCUGAUGUCGUGCUGACAGGCACAACACUUGACGACAACCGUGACGGAGGCACAGGAGCUCACAAUUCGUUGCAAGAGCAACCUGAAGGCUUCCAUCGAGGCACAAGCACAGAUCAAGCCACUGCUGCAGCAGAAUGUUAUAGUAGCACAGCCAAUACAAGUGACAUUUUGUUAGCGAAUACUUCGUCCAAUGAUGUCUAUGGAGCAGACAAGGAGCGCUCCAGAUGUAGUUCAUCGAGCCAGACAUGUACGAGCACAAUGUCGAGAGGUACACGGACACCAAUUUGGGGUGUUAGCAAAGGCAUGCAAACAGAACAACCCUGUAGCACCUACACUGGAAUUCAGGCAACGACCAGAUCCUCAGAUCCGUUGCACCAUGAUGUUUGUCCUGACGCCCAGUCCGUUCUGGCUGUGGGCAGGCCAAAGACCCCUGGAGAAUGAAACACGUUUCCGGACAUGCAGAAGGAGUUGAAGAAACAUCAGCAGAAGACGAAGAAGAGUUGCGACUAUGACGCGCCUCGCCUACGAGCGGCAAAACCCCAGGCCCUUUGUUACUAGACUUGGACAUUAUUCCUGAACAUGCGGAACUCGAGGGCGAUUCCCCUAACAACGGCGACAUAUUUACCUGUGGUUUACAAAAAUGUACAUUCUGAUGCUCACAAAACAUUACCUGGGAAAAACUUACUUCCCUUGCAUUAAAAACUGCGGCUGCGGUAGUGCGGGCAUCGAGAAAAGAAGCAGGUAGAGCAGAGCAGAUGACAUGCGACACUGCCAAAGCACGACUGUGCCAUAUCAACAACACUGUCCGCCGCUUUCGCGGAUGACAUGGCCGACAUCUCUGUACCACGUGAUGUCUUGUAGUUGACGAGCAGAACCAAUGCUGCCUGCCGCGG